ACCCGAACGAGCACGGCAGAGGCAGAAAGCAGAAGGGGGACAGAAGAGGGGGUAGAAGAAGGCAAAAAAAGGCACGAAAGGGAGGAGGAAGAAGGCAAAACAGGAAGAAAAACAAGCUUGAAGGCCGUGUGCUCCUCGACGUUUUUUUUCUUCAGAACGAGAGGAAACGUGCACGCCCGCAGGGGCGGCGUAACAUUCCAUCGAUCCUGACAGGCGGACUGUGACCCGUUCACGAGAGACGUUCGAACCUGACACACUUCUCAACACACGCACACGUGCACAAGAUGGUGGAGGUCAUAUGUGCCACGGGUGUGGCGGCGCAGCUGCGUAGUCACAGGGACCGGCAGGAGGGUCUGGGCCAGAACGACAACGCCAUCAAGUUCCUGGGUCAGGACUACGAGAGCUUGCGGGCGCGAUGCCUCCAGAGCGGGAAGCUCUUUGAGGACAGCCUGUUCCCCUGCGCCUCGUCCUCGCUGGGCUUCAAGGAGCUCGGAGCGAGUUCGUCCAAGACGUACGGCGUGCGCUGGAUGAGGCCCACGGAGUUGUGCAAGCGUCCUGCUUUCAUCGUGGACGGAGCGACCCGUACUGACAUCUGCCAGGGAGCUCUGGGGGACUGCUGGCUGCUGGCCGCCAUCGCCUCGCUGACCUUGAACGACACCCUCCUGCACCGUGUGGUCCCGCACGGACAGAGCUUUGAGCAGGGAUACGCGGGCAUCUUCCACUUCCAGUUCUGGCAGUUCGGCGAGUGGGUGGAGGUGGUGAUCGACGACCGUCUGCCCGUGAAGGACGGCAAGCUGCUCUUCGUCCACUCUGUGGAGGGCGGCGAGUUCUGGAGCGCGCUGAUUGAGAAGGCCUACGCCAAGUUGAACGGCUGCUACGAGGCGCUGUCGGGGGGCAGCACGUCCGAAGGCUUCGAGGACUUCACGGGCGGCGUGACGGAAAUGUUCGAGUUGAGCAAGCCGCCCUCUGACCUCUUCAGCAUCAUGGGCCGCGCCAUCGAGAGAGGCUCGCUGCUCGGCUGCUCCAUUGACAUCACCAGCUCUAGAGACAUGGAGGCGGUCACCUUCAAGAAGCUGGUCAAGGGCCACGCCUACUCCGUCACGGGCUUGGAUGAGGUGGUCUUCCGUGGAAACCUGACCAAGCUGGUCCGCAUCAGGAACCCGUGGGGGGAGGUAGAGUGGACCGGCGCUUGGAGCGACAAUUCUCGAGAAUGGGACGGCGUGGACCGCGGCGUCCGCGCUCGGCUACAAAACCGCAGCGAGGACGGCGAAUUCUGGUUGUCCUUCAGCGACUUCCUGCGUGAGUUCAGCCGUCUGGAAAUCUGCAACCUGACAGCCGACGCCCUCCAGAACAGCCAGAUGAAGACGUGGAGCUCGUCGCUGUAUCCCGGCGAGUGGAGACGGGGCAGCACGGCCGGAGGCUGCCGGAACUAUCCGGCGACCUUUUGGCUGAAUCCGCAGUUCAAGUUGCUGCUGCAGAACCCCGACGCGCCCGGCAUGUCGGAUUGCAGCUUCCUGGUGGCGCUCAUGCAGAAGGACCGCAGGAAGAAGCGGCGGGAAGGCAAAGACAUGGAGACCAUCGGCUUCGCCGUCUACGAGGUUCCCAACGAGGCUAAAGGGCAGACGCGGGUCCACUUGAAGCAGAACUUCUUCCUGUCGCACGCCUCGAGCGCUCGCUCCGAGCUCUUCAUCAACCUGAGGGAGGUCAGCUCGCGUCUGCGUCUCCCGGCCGGCGAGUACGUCAUCGUGCCGUCCACCUUUGAGCCCCACAAGGAGGCCGACUUCGUCCUGCGGGUUUUCUCCGAGAAGCCUGCCGACUCCGAGGAGCUGGAUGACGACGUGGUGGCGGAGCUUCCGAGCGAGAACUAUUUGGACGAGAGUCAGAUUGACGCCGGCUUCAAGAGUCUCUUCCGACAGCUGGCCGGGGCGGACAUGGAGAUCAGCAUCAACGAGCUGCAGACCAUCCUGAACCGCAUCAUCAGCAAGCACAAAGACCUCAAGACGGACGGCUUCACCAAAGAGGCGUGUCGCAGCAUGAUCAAUCUCAUGGACUCUGACGGCAGUGGGAAGCUGGGCUUGGUCGAGUUCCACGUGCUGUGGGAGAAGAUUAAACGCUACCUGACCGUAUUCAGGAACUACGACCUGGACAAGUCGGGAACCAUGAGCUCCUACGAGAUGAGGAUGGCACUGGAGUCCGCAGGCUUCAAGCUGACCAAUCACCUGUUCCAGCUCAUCAUCCUGCGAUACACCGAGGAAGACAUGGCCGUCGACUUCGACAACUUCGUCACUUGUCUCGUCCGCCUGGAGUCCAUGUUCAAAACAUUCAAGAUCAUGGACACGGACGCAGACGGCGUCAUCACACUCAACUUCUCCCAGUGGCUCUCCCUCACCAUGUUCGCCUAGACGCCAGCGGGCGGCUUAUCUGGUGCCUACAGAUGCCGUGACCUCAUCACCGCACGGCGUCUCGCUGUCAUGUUGCGAACAACGUAAAUUGCCAUGGAGCACGGGUGUCAAUUUCCUUUUUGUCAAGGGCCACCUCGCAGUUACGCUUUCCCUUUAUGGCCGUUACGACUGUGAAAAUCAUGCAAGCGUUGUCACCUCUUCACAUUACUGCAGAUACACACUGAUGCCCCUGCAAUUGAUAGUUUCGCAGUACUUGCAUACGCUCGUUACCAAAAGUUAGGGACAGUCGGCGUUCAGGUGAAAAUUCAGCAUGAACCUUAAAAGCACUAUAACCUUUGACGGUGAACUUUAUUUGACCUUUUCUAAACUUUACAAUGUUCAACUGCUCAAUAUUUCAGUACUUUUGGCACAAAUGGCUGUCGGCAAGGUACUGCUGAUGAAUUGUUACGGAUUGUUUGCUCAAGUCAAGGUCAAGUUUUAAAGAUUAGAAUGUAUUUUAGGUUCAUCCUGAAAUUUCCCCCUUUAAAAGUACAAUAUCGCAAAUUUUUCUUAAGUAGUGUAUAUUGUUAACAACAAAUUCAUUUUAAAAUCAGAAGUCAUGCAAAAUGAUGGUGUGUAAAACUGCUGUUCCAUUUUAGUUCAGAACGGAUUUGGUGAAGAAAAAAAAUGAAGAGUGAAGAAAAAGUGCAAUUUGGGUACCAAAAGAAAAGAACCAACACGAAGUAGACACGCUGUUUCAUGUAGUGGGCCACAUAAAGUGCUGCGGCGGGCGUAUCUGGGCCCCAGUCCUUGAGUUUGACACCUGUGCCGUGGCGGAACUUAGUUUAGCGUUUUGUACCCUCACCGCCAUCUCGUGUGGACCAUAUUCACCUUUUUGUACAUUUGCUCCAUUGCGCGUCAAGCCAAGCCCUAGACCACGGGUGUCAAACUCCUUUCAGUCGCGGGCCACAUCGCAGUUAUGGCUGCAAACCCGUAGGAUUGCCUCAUAUUACGACAUAGACACAAAUUGAUGGAUAAUGACUUUGGAAAUCAGAACUUGUUCAACUCCAGUAUGAAUCGGUUUUAUUUUAAAAGGGGGCUUGGUAACAAAAAAAAAUAAAAUGCUUGCAAUAUCUCAAUAUUUGGAAUAGUGAAGCCAAUUUGCAAUUUUGGACAUAAAAUGACGUGGUGGGCCCCCACGUAUCUGGCCCCCGGGCCACCAGUUUGUCACCCGUGCCCUAGACAAACACAAAGUAGUUGCAGCCGUGAGGCGUAAACUCGGCUUCCGGCUAUGCUUCCUGUGCCAAACUGGUCGCCAUCUUUCUGAGCGCCGAGUAUAACCGUGACAAUGAUGACGUGCAUGUGUAUGCUUUUUUUUUUUUUAUGGUGGAACAAAAAACACUUUUGUAACUCUUAAGAAGAACAUCCCGUUUACACUGAUUGUAAAAGCCAAUCAAGGUCACAGAGUGUGUCGUAAUAAAUAACUUUUAUUAACAAUAGAAAAAACAAGUUGAACUCAA